AUGUCCCGCAAGCAGGCGGCCAAGGCCCGGCCCGCCGCCAGGAAGGGCCGCCGGCCCCGCCAUUCCCCCGCCGCACCGGCCCCGGGCCCCGCUCCGGGCAACGGCGGCGGCCUCGCCAGGCAGCUCCGGGCCCUCGGCCUCAAGCUGCGGGAGGUGCCGGGAGAUGGUAACUGCUUGUUCCGUGCCCUGGGGGACCAGCUGGAGGGGCACUCCCGGAACCACCUGCGGCACCGCCAGGAGACCGUGGAGUUCAUGGUGAGGCAGCGUGGGGACUUCGAGCCCUUCGUGGAGGAUGAUGUGCCCUUUGACAAACAUGUUGCCAAUUUGGCCAAGCCUGGAACUUUUGCUGGCAAUGAUGCUAUCGUGGCAUUUGCAAGGAACAAUCAAAUGAAUGUGGUAAUUCAUCAGCUCAACGCUCCACUGUGGCAGAUCCGGGGCACAGACAGGAGCGAUGCCAGGGAGCUGCACAUCGCCUACAGGUACGGGGAGCACUACGACAGCGUCAGGAGGAUCAGCGACGACUCGGAAGCUCCGGCCUGCCUUCGCAUGGAGAUGCUUUGCAAGAACAAUUCAAAUAAGGCAGAGGAAGUGAAGCCACAGAAGGGCAGCUCUGAAGAUGAGACUGAGGUGGAGGUGGAAGAUGCUGUACAAAAAGUGUGCAAUGCUACUGGGUGCUCAGACAUGGAUUUAGUAAGCCACAUUCUGGAAGAGGAGGACUACAAUGUGGAAUCUGCAAUAUUUGCCAUCUUGCAGAUGAAAGAAGUGGAAGGAAUAGGUACUGAGGAGCAGGAGGAGCCCCUGGGCAGGGAGCAAAAAUCCUGCAGCAAGACACUGUGGGAAGAGAAUGGAACUGGUUCAAGAAUCUUUGGAAAUCAGAGCUUGCAUCAAGGUGAAGCAGAAAACACCAAGGGACGAGCUGGAUCCAAGGAAGAGAACCGAGCUAGCAGAAACUCAAAGGUAGCCAAGAAACAAAAGAAGAAGCAGCAGUGGCUGGAGAAGAAGAAGCAGCAGGAGGAGAGGCACCGGCAGAAGGUCCUGGCCAGCAAGAAGGACAGUGCAGACAGCAGGACAGACACAGAGCCAGCCAACCAUGUCACCCUAGUAAAGGCCAUGGCAGCCCUAAACAUAUGACUCAGUGCUCUGAUGAGUAAAGCAAAUAAAACUGAUGAAGACAGAAUUCCCCCAGGAGAAUUUCCAGGCACCCGUGGUUAUCUUAAAAUCCAUCUCUGCCGGGAUUUCCAAGUGCAAGAGAACUUCCUCUUCCUUUGCUUGUGGGGAGGACAAUUGCUCAUUGAUUCUAUAUCAGCCUGUGGUGAGAAGAGUUGUUUAAAUUUAACAGGAACUAGAGACUAUAAUCUUGGAGUUAGAUGACAAGAACCUUUUCUUCAUGCAACGGUGUCAGAUUCGUUUUGACAUCUCUUGAUGUGCCUGGUUUAGUUUUUUUUUAAUUUGGUUAUGCCUGGAGGAGAUUUAUUUUACCUUGCUGUCAGGGAAAGUUUAACAUAUCUCAACUCAGGUAUAUCUCUGGUGGGUCUUUUUUCUAUUUAAAUUCAAAUAAAAUAAGGCAGCAGAGUCCCAGAAUCCUUUCCAAAGCAAAGUGUGUCAGCCAGCACUGUCUCAAACAUGACAUUCCUCUUUUGUUUGCCAUGCAGGAAUGCAGUGACAAGUUUAAUCUCACUAGGACUGCUGGCAUUGCACUGGUUCAGAAGUGAUGAAUACAUGGAGAGGGAUGGGAAUUGCUGCAUCCAUGCUUGCUGAGGUUUGGGAUCAGAUCUUUUAAGAUGAGACCUGUAGGAGGGAAAAAAAAAAACCGAAACAAUAAUCCCAAUGGACUCAUGAGAAUCUAGGGCUGAGUCUUCUGAUAUGGUAAAAUGUGACAGGAACAGACUUGAAGUUUCUGGUGAGUGUUGGUGCAUGGAUACCUGGAAUCUCAUCCCCUUUGCCCGUUCCAGAGUUUUUUGGGCUACUCCAAGGCUUUAGUCCAAGCCAGGAGCUGCAUUGGUGUUAUUCUCCAAAUGAAAUUGAUAUAGCCAAAGAACCAAGAGUCCUGGGAAGAAGCUCCCGAGCAGCAGUGAUCCCUGGAAAACCUUAUUUCACUUCAUAAAUCAAGCUUUUCUCCAGGGUAGGAUUUUUUUCAUCUUAAACUUCAUUUUGGUGAGGUCACCAAGUAGGAUGUACAUCUUGACUCCUGUGAUGUUUUCCACUGUAGGACUGUGAAUUUGGAUCAAGGUGGAAAGACUGUGGGACUCAGCCUUUGAUUUAUGGCUCACAGUGUUUCAGCUCCACUCAGGUUUUUGGACUUGUAACAAGCACUAAGCUUGAAGAAAGCACAUGUGCACUUACACACAGGACACACCUCAUCAGCCAGGGCAGAGGUGAAAGGGAUUUUUUAAAAGUAAGGAGUGUUGCAUUUGAAAAAUUUGUCUGUGCUUAAAGUUCAUAAAUCAGCAUGGAAAUUCAAUUUUAUUUUUUUUUACUCAACUGCCAAGAAUUGGGCUGGCACUUGGUGUACUCUGCUGUUGUUACUUGAAGAAUAAAAAGAAAGGAGCUCUCCUGGAAGAA